AUGAUCAACAACAAUAGAAAAGAAAAGAUUGAUCAUCUAUUACGAAAUUAUGACAAUAUUCGAAAUAUUAGUAUCAUUGCUCAUGUGGAUCAUGGUAAAUCAACCCUAACUCGGAAAUUGAUUGAAGAAAAUAAGUUUGCAGAUGAUUUGGAAGCAAAUCAUGAUGAAAUUGAGAAUAAUUUAUCAAAUGAUUAUAGUUUGAUUUAUGAAAAUCCAACCAAAAAAGAUGAUCUUCAUUUGGUCAACUUGAUUGAUUGUCCUGCUUUUAUGAAUUAUCAAACGGUCAGUGCAAUGAAUAUUAGUGAUGGAACUAUCAUUGUUGUAGAUGCAGUUGAGGGUCAUAGUCCAACACAAACAUUGGUUAGACAAGUUGCACAAGAAAGAGUAAAACCUAUUCUUUUCAUUAACAAGAUUGACCGUCUCAUUAAUGAGUUACAAUUGACUGAGGAGGAAAGCUAUCGAAUUAUUGUUAGAAUUAUAGAGUCUGUUAAUGUCACUCUUUCUGCAUAUUCCAAUGAAGAAUCGAAUAGUUAUCUUCUUGAUCCAGUUGAUUGUAAUGUUGUGUUUGGUUCUGCUAGGAUGGGUUGGGCUUUCAAUCUCAAUAACUUUGCUCAAUUCUACAGUUCAAAAUUUAACAUUUCAAGAGAAAAGUUAAUCAAAAAGUUGUGGGGAGAUUAUUACUAUGACAGGUCAAUUAAAAAGUUCACAAGACAACCCUAUUCGUCCACAACAGGUCAACAAUUGAACCAUACUUUCUCUGAAUUUAUAUUGGCACCAAUUUUUAAGAUUUUCAAUCUUGCUCGAGCCCACAUUCCCUCUGAUCAAGGCAUGUUAUCAGUUGGAUUUGAACAAACUCUAGAUACACUAUUAAUCCACCUUUCUCGAGAGGAAAAGAAAGGAAAUUCGAAACAGCUCAUCGAGGUCAUUAUGAAAAAGUUUCUUCCUCUUCGGAAAUCACUCAUUCAAAUGAUUAUUGAUCAUUUGCCUUCUCCCAAGGAAGCUCAAAAAACCAAAUAUGAUAUUCUCUACACUGGUGAAGACUUGACAGAUCCGUAUGCAACUGGAAUCAAGGAAUGUGAUCCAUAUGGACCAUUGGUUGUGUAUGUGAGUAAGAUGUUACCACCAAAAUGCACAUACAGUGGUGAUUCAAUUGCUUUGGCUCGUGUCUUUUCAGGUUCUUUCUCUCAAUCGACAACAAUUAGAAUAUUGGGCCCCAACUUUAAAACCAAGAAGGAUGUUUUUCAUACAAGUGCUGCAAGAUUAUUAUUGCUAUCUGGUACAAACAUUGAGUGUAUUGAUAGAGCGUAUUGUGGCUCAAUAAUUGGUAUUGUUGGUUUGGAUAAGUAUUUUAUCAAAUCGUGCACAUUCACAGAAGAAGGUGGAGUUGCAUGUAUGCCAAUUAAGGGUAUAAGACAAUAUAUGAGUCCUAUUGUUUCGAUGAGUGUUGAGCCAACCAACCCUUCAGAUUUGCCAAAUUUUGUUGAGCGUUUGAAACAACUCAUACAGAGCAAUGUUAAUUUAUCAUGCAAGUUCAAUGAUUCAGGACAAUGUGUUCUAGGUGCAGAAAGUGAAUACCAUUUAGAAACGUGUCAUUUGCAAGAAUUCACAAAGGAUAUUCAGAUCAAAAAAUCACCGUAUUUCGUUAAUUUUCAUGAAACUGUUUCUAGUUAUCCUAGUGAAGAAAUGCUAAUGAGGAAAAGUCCCAACAAACACAACCGUCUAUACAUGCAAGCGGAACCUAUUAGUGAAGACUUGAUAGAAUUAAUAAGUGGAGAUCAAUUUCCAAUGGAUGAACAAGAAAAGAUAGCUGAAAUUAUGGAAAAUGAUUUUGGAUGGGACAAGACUAUUUCAAAGAAUAUAUGGAGUUUCGGCCCAGAUACACACUCUAGAACCAACAUACUCGUCAAUGCAUCCAAAUCAACUAGCUAUCUUAAUGAAAUUCAGCAAUAUGUAACGAUAGGUUUUCAAAUAAGUACUGCUUCGGGUGGUUUGUGUGAUGAGGUCAUGAGAGGUGUUCUUUUCAAAUUACAUGAUUGUCAUUUGCACGCCGAUUCCAUUCACAGAGGAGCAGGUCAAUUGGUUGGAGUUAGCGCUAAACUCAUGCUCGCUAGUCAACUGAGAGCUGAACCAAAAUUAGUAGAACCAAUGUAUCAUUUUGAGGUUCAAUCCAAUGAAUCAUUCACAAGUUCAGUUUACAGAGAUAUUUUUAACAGAAGAGGUAAUAUAAUUAACACAACAAUAAUUAAUCCAUCUCCCCUUGUGGUCAUUUCUGGUUACCUCCCUGUGAUUGAAAGUUUUGGAUGGGACGAGAAACUGAGAGAAGAAUCUCAAAAUCAAACAUUUUCUCAAUUUAGAUUCAGUCAUUGGCAAGUUAUGCAAGAUGAUGUUUACAAUCCUCAAUCUAAAGCAAACCAACUCAUCAAAGAUGUUAGAAUAAGAAAGGGCUUGAAGGAAGAAAUUCCUCUCUACACUGAUUAUUGUGAUAAAUUGUAAUUGAAUAGUAAUAAAACUGCAACUUGGACAUU